AUAUUUUUCAGGUACUCCAACAAAAAUAUCCAGACUUCAACAGGGUAAACAUCUAUUUCUUUCUACAUCUUCCGAUAAUUUCUACAAUGAAGUGUGUUUUAGUUCUCGUGGUUCUAACAGUGGUAGUUCUGCAGUGCGAGGGCAGAACUUUAACAAGAUGCGAACUUGUGCGAGAAUUGAGAAGACAACGCUUUCCUGAAAGGCAACUUCGAGACUGGGUGUGUCUAGUAGAGCGAGAGAGCAGUCGCAGAACCAAUGCGAUCAGGAAUGAAAGCAAUGGAUCUCGGAGCUACGGGCUGUUCCAGAUCAACGAUCGGUUGUGGUGCAGCAGCACCAAUUCCCCUGGAAAGGAUUGCAAUGUUAGGUGCUCGGAUCUCAUAACGCCCGAUAUCACUAGGGCAUCCAAUUGCGCAAAGACAAUUUUCAACCGACAAGGCUUCAACGCCUGGAACGGCUGGAGAAGCCACUGCCAAGGAAGCCUGCCCGACAUCAGCUCUUGUUAGACUUAAGUCAAACAUUUCGUUAGUGCUACACACUUAAGCGACUUAGCCCAUAGGAACUAAGGACCAGUUUAAAUAACCCGCCAAGUCAGGCUGCCACCGACGCUGCACUGCGCUGAGCUUGGGAUAAAACACGCUCAAACAAAACGCUCGCUCAGUUACUUGCAGGUUUUCAUUCAGUUAACUAACUGCGAACGGCAGCUGCCGCAGAUGCCGCGGCUCUCAUGUCCAUGGCAAAGUUGUUCAAGCUUGCAAUAUUCUGAACCCGCCGCUGAGCUGGCCCACCGCCGCGCCGGGUGGCUUUGGUGUGUAGCGCUUUCUGUUAUUAUACUUAAAAUACGUACGGACA